GUAGAGGAAGGUUUCACACUGUUCCACCCGUCCUGAAUUAGAAGUGGAUUUUUAUUUUUAUUUCCAAAUUUCAUCGAAUUGAAGUCGAGAUUUUUUUUUUGUUUAAAAAAAAGUGAUCGUCUGCUACCUCGCAGUUCUCCCACAGACGCGUACGACACUGGUGGUUCGCGGUCUUGUGGCGAGUCGACCUCAAUGUUAGAUUCAACGAUCAAGUGCGAGUUCUCCGGCCGUAGCGACGGGAAUCACAACACAAUGGCGACUCUACCGUCCAUGGACAUCAACCAUCUGCUCAGCGCCGUAGAUCAGGAUUUACAUCAGCACCAACAGCAACAACAACAGCAGCAGCAGAACGACAACAAACACGGCGACAACCCGGAGAGGCACCUCAAUGUUGUGCUCGAGGAUCGCGAGUUAUGGGAGAAGUUUAAGGAGUUCACGAAUGAGAUGAUCGUCACCAAAAAUGGAAGGCGGAUGUUCCCUGUGUUCCGUGCCAGCGUGUCUGGCCUUGACCCUAAUGCCAUGUACACCUUGCUGCUGGACUUUAUCCAGGUGGAUUCUCAUAGAUGGAAGUACGUGAACGGCGACUGGGUGCCCGGGGGUAAGGCCGAGCCCGCCGCCCCCAGCUGUGUAUACAUCCACCCCGACAGCCCCAACUUCGGCGCCCACUGGAUGAAGGAGCCGGUCAACUUCAGCAAGGUCAAGCUGACCAACAAGUUGAACGGGGGAGGACAGAUCAUGUUGAACUCACUCCACAAGUACGAGCCGCGCCUGCACGUGGUCAAGGUCAACUCACGCACACAGAAGAAGACGAUCCUCACCUUCAGCUUCCCUGAGACCCAGUUCAUCGCCGUCACGGCGUAUCAGAACGAAGAGAUUACCGCUCUUAAGAUCAAGCACAAUCCAUUCGCCAAAGCUUUCCUGGACGCCAAAGAACGACCUGACCAGAGAGAUUACAUCGAUGACCCCUCGUGUGGCCAGGACAGGUCACUCUCUCACUUCGCAACGCCAUGGUACCUGACGUCCCCCUCGGCCCACCCCUUAGUCCCGCCCCCCGCGCACCAGUUCGCGCCCCACCUCCCCCACUGCGACCGCCUGACCUUCCGAUCAUCCAGACAGACGCCCGGCUACCACCACCCUUACCAGCGGCGGUCACCCCCGCACCACAGUAACUUUCAGCGUGACGUCGGGGCCAACCUACCCAUGCUGAACCUGGCCUCGGAGAACUGGGCCAACAUGUCCAUGGGAGGGGCCCACGGCAUGCUCACCCCGGGCCACCCCUCCAACAGCCAGUACGGAAUGUGGAUGAGUGGCGUCAGCAACCUCUCGCCCAAUCAGAACUGUGCCAUGCCGUCGUACCUACGUAGCCCCGCCCCCUACGGUCUCGCACCUACGUCGACGUCCAGCCCGACCAUGGGCAACAUCACGGUGAACUCCGGAGGCGGAAGUUCCAGCAGCAGUCCCCAGGGACCCAGCGGUUUCGAACAUCCGGUCUGUGACCUCAAUGUCUUCUCGUCUCACGUGACCUCCACGACACGCCCCGUCGACGCGUCACGUGCCAGCUGGAGCCCUCUGACGUCACCGCCCUUAUGACAACCAAUGAACACGCAAUCAUGUUACCUACAGCAGACGCCGCCCAACUUCCUGUGACGUCACCGCCACGUCACGCUGCCGACCAACUCGGAACGUCAUCCAUAGUGCCAGAACAGUGCUGCAGAAUGCCCGUCAAGGCAGCAUCGAGAAUUUUCUGCCUGCUCCGAUACUUCAGCUCUUUAGCUCAAUUAAGCUCCUUUUCCCCUGGAGCUUAUUUUCAUUCUUUGCUCACAAUUUGUUAGCGGGAUGGCGUUCCUGUCCAUGACGUCACAAGAUCUGGUGACGUAGAUGCAGUGAUAACCUGAUUGCCGUGAGAAUUGUUUCAGUGACGUCAUUUUUUCAAUGACGUCAGUUUAGUCAAAGACAGUCCUCUUUAUGAUGUCAAAUUAUUUCUGUUGUUUGGCGUCAGAUUUGACAGCCAUAUUGGAUGAUUUGUUUACAAAUGUUCAAUGACCUACUUUUAUCUCAAAUGUUACUAAAAAUAAACUUAAAGAUGGCGGAUAUGUGAUAUACAAGCCGUUCUGUUUCCUCUACUGUGGUGGUGUAUAGCUGCCAGGAGGUGUUGUGAGGACACCAUGGAAGGUGUCAUAACACCAUGGAAGGGUGUCAGAAUAUCAUAGAACGGGUGUGAUGACACCAUGGAAAUGGAGGAAGCUAGAACACCACCAAUAACGGAUGUAACAACACCAUGGAGGGUGUCAGAACACCUUGGAAAGGGGUGUUAAGACACCACGGAGAAAGGUGUUAGAACACCACCAGGAAGGGUGAGUCACCAGACCGUGACGUAUGUUGUGUCAAUACAUUUGUUCAACAUGUCCCAACUUAAUUUAUCAAUGCCAAAAAUGUAAAUAAACAUUGUCAGGUGG